UAAAUUCCACCGACUUCCCUUCACCCUCGAAACAGUAUAAAGCUUCCAUUUCUCCGCAUUUUCCUUUUCGAAAGCCUUCUCGGCUUCUUCCUUUCGAUGGACUCCACUACUGAAUCACCUGCUCCGAUGAGCUUCGACGUAGACGAAUGGGACGAGAACUUCAUCAACGAAGUAUUCAAGGUCGAGCUCGGUUUAUGCUCCAAAAAUGCCGCCGUCAAUCCCGUGGUUACUCCGGCUCCUUUGAACCCUAGCUCCUCUUAUCUGCCGGAGCAGGAGGCGUUUCGUCAGUGGGAGCCACUCCAACCGUUUCGUUCGGAACGUGGGGAAUUGUCUUCUUCUGGGUUCGAUGCGGGUGGCAGCGAAGUAUGCUUUUCGCCGCCGCGGGAGUUAUCGCAGAGGUUUAAAGAGGUGUAUGAAGCUGCUCCGGUUGUGGAUGAUUGCGUGACGGUUGAGACUAGGGUUUUGAGAAACGGGGGUUUCGGUCGCGUACGCGGUGGCAGGAAUAAUAAAGAGGUGGAGCGGUUGAAGAAGGAGUUGGAGCAUCUCUCCAAGAAGUUCACUCACAUGGAACAAGACUGCGUCACCCUCAAGAAUGAUAGAGAUCGGAAAAAUGAGCAGCUGAAAUGUGUUAUUUCACAACUUGAAGCUAAAGAUGCUGAAGUCCAGAGCCUUAAGAGGGAAAAUUCGAGGGCUCAUCCUCCCACUUCUUUUGAGAGCAAAAUAGUCUCCACCAACUCCGAAACUUUUCAUUCUAGAUUGAAAGUUCCUCAAACAGAUGGAUCUGCAGUUUCUGAACUGAAGCAGCGUGUAAUGAUAGAUGAUCAAGCAACCACCUCCAGCAAAGCUCAGGAAUGUUCCUUUAUGGAGAAGUCCACUGAAUCCAAAUGUAGAAAGAGUACUGGAAUUCAAACUGAUGUUGGUCAAGAUGACGUUGAUAAUGUCCAACGAAAGAGAAGUCUAAAGGAACAAGUAAUUGUAAGCAACUUGCAUGCAAUCUGGGGCUUAUACGACAAAAGACCUGGAAGCAAUCUGGUGUUGAAGCUUCUUAGAACUUGUUCAGCAGAUUUUCUUACACUUUUCAGGUGCAUCAACAUGUCAUCAACAUGUAAUCUCGAUGGAGUGGCAAACGAAAGCUUUUCAGAGAUAGCUUUGAAUGACAACACACAUUCUAUUCAUUCAAGUGAUUCUGUUAAAGCAUAUCGGUUUUAUCAGUUGCUUAUGAAGAUGCAUCAUGAGAUUGUACCAUUGCAGGAUUUUAUUGAUGCCUUACUAGAGCUAUGCAGCCUUGAUAAAGCUGUGGCCCAUGUAUCUUUGCGCAUAUUGCAUACUACCUUGCAACAUUUGAGCCUUGAUUCUAGUUGUCAGUGUACUCUGCGCAGGACCAAUGUCUUUGUGGAUAAAUCUAAUGACAAAAGCUUUACAGGGGAUGGAACUAUUGCGCGGGAGGAUCAGGUUUUGAAAUUGCAUGCUCUUCAAACGCCUGAUAAUACAACUGAAGCUUCGCCUGUUUCCUCUGUGGGGAAUUUAUGCAUGGACGAAGCUAAGGCAUCUAGAACCGAGAUGUUUUUAUCUUCUGCAAGUUUGCUUAAUAUUUUCGAGAUGAUGCAGAAAAUCAUCGUGAGGAAUGUAGAGGAGUGUAUUCGCCUUGAGGGGUUGUUGAUCAUGAGUUUAAUCAUGAUGGAGUGCAAACCCAGCACAGAGAGGGAGAAGUUUGGUUCAGUAAACUUUUUGCAAACUUUGUCAACUCUAAUAAGCAGGGAAGCUGGGGCGCGUGUGAGGAAGCAAGCAGUGCGUCUUCUGUUUUUGCUGUCCAAUGGCCCGAAGAUAUUGUUGAUACUCAAUAGUGGACAAGGAGAGGGUGCUGACCAUACGACAUUUGAUGAUACCCAGAAGUCUACAACAUGGCAAGGAGCACUUACCUCUACUCUUGAAAAUAUAGCAGAGUGCCUAACUUUGAACCAAAGCUGUGCUGAGGAGCUCAAAUUUCGUAGGCGAGUGAUCAUUUUGUUGGCAUUUAUAGCAUCAUCUGGGAAAAAUGGGUUUGAAGUUCUUUUACAUCCGGUAACAGCUCAGCAAAUCAAUUUCCUGGAGCUGAUCAUCCAAUUAUUAGCAUCUGAGAUGGAUGCAGAAAUACCUAACAUUGGUUUAACUCGGGACUUGUGCAAGGAGAGCAGGAUCUCUUUUAUUAGAGAAGCUUUGAUUCUACUAAAUCGUUUAUCAUCACAUCCUACCUAUUCUGAGAGAACUCUGAGAGUGUUGUUAACUGGUAGCAAGGUAACCGCAAGCUUGACCAUCGAUGUUGCUAAUAGGCUAUCAAGGAGAAUACAAGCUUUCCGGAAGCAUUUCGGGACUAAAACCCAUGUUUUGACUGAGACCAAUGACCUUGCCCGAUUAUUUCGGCUGAAAGUAUUUACUUUUCUUGGAGUUCCCGCUUCUUGAAAUCUUUUGCCAAGGUACUCUUCUCACUUUACAUGCUUUUAGAAAAUCAGUUUUGUUGAAAAAUUUUGGUU